AUGCCAUCCGUUUAUUACAAUGCACCACCUCCGAUGGGCCAUCAAUCGACUCAUGGGCAAUUUGGGUCAUAUUAUGGGAUAAAUCCUGCUGAACCAAUACACGUCCCAGAUUUAGACGAUCUAAAAGAACAAGAAAAACUAAGAAAGGACUCGUCACAAACAGGAGAAAAUGGAAAAGACAAGAAAAAGUACGAUCUGUUGGAAGAGCGUCUUCGUGCUAUCGAAGGAGUUGAUAGGUUUGGUACCAUGAACGCAACCGAGCUAUGCUUAGUGCUGGAUGUAUUGAUCCCUGCUAAAUUCAAGGUUCCGAAAUUUGAAAAAUAUGACGGAACAAAGUGUCUCAUGGCACAUAUUACCAUGUAUUGUCGGAAGAUGGCUGCACAGUCUCACGAUGAUAAGUUACUGAUCCAUUUUUUCCAAGACAGUUUGAUUGGGUCAGCUACUAUGAAAAAGAAGCAAAACGAGAACUUCAAGGAAUAUGCUCAAAGGUGGAGAGAUACAGCAGCGCAAGUUCAGCCACCUCUCACUGAUAAGGAGAUGACUGUGUUAUUCAUAAACACACUCCGAGCUCCAUUCUAUGAGCGCUUGAUCGGCAAUACCACGAAAAACUUUACAGAUUUGGUCUUAUCAGGAGAAAUAAUAGAAGAAGCUAUCAAAAGUGGAAAAAUUGAAGGGCAUGAGGUUGCCAACUCAAAGAAAGGGAAUACGCCUAAGAAAAAAGAAGGGGAUGUGCAAGCAAUCGCUCACGACAGCCAACAAGCCCACAACUUUAGCCCAUAUUACCCGUACCCCCCAUACCAACCCUUCUAUCCGAACAUAGGCAACAUCACACAAAACCCAUAUGUGUACCAACCUACCCCGCAACCAACGUUUCAGACCAAUGUUCUUCCACAAACUCCACCACCAAGAUCGUUAGCUUUAACCAAUAAUCCCGAUAAUGGUCAAAGAGGACCUAAAACUACCCUAGAAAAAUCAAAGUUUGAUCCUAUUCCAGUCCCUUACACUACAUUGCUGCCACAACUCAUAGAAAAUCGACUCAUUGCUCGAACCCCUUUAGAACCACUCCGACCACCUUUUCGAAAUGGACUUUUAAAUUUUACCAAAAAAGACAGUUCAAGUGUUGAUGGGAAUCCUUUACCUAAUCAUGGAAGAUCGACAGUGAAUGCCAUACAUGAAGGGAUGAUGCGAAGGGUGAAAAAGAGUAUUGAUGAGAUUCAAACGCCAAUGGAUAAAGUGUUUGAGGCGUUGUCCAAGAUAAAUGCCAUCACUCCAGAACCAAUCGACACAAAGAAAUUGGGGCAUGAUCUCGCUUAUUCUUGCAAAUUUCAUACAGGGGCAAUUGGGUAUUCCAUUCAAAAUUGUGAUAGCUUUUGUUGUAAGUUGCAAGAAUUGAUGGAUUCAUCGGUAAUUGAGUUUUAUGAAGAAGUCGAAGAGAAUUUGGUCGGAACCAUAAAUGGAGACACCCCAGCUGAAGUGGCAUCAAGUUCAUUCGGGGUGAACAAACCUAAACCUCUCACCAUCUUCUAUGAAGAAAACAAGAGCCUUAUGAAUGAUACAUCCCCUACUAUGAUCAGAAGUGGUAUUACCAUCGAAGUCCUCAGCCCGUUCCCUUACAAGAGCGAUAAGGCUGUCCCAUGGAAUUAUGAAUGUAAUAUUUUGGGCACAGCUUCGUCCGCCCCCCAAGCAUCUUUUGAAGAUCUAACUGGUAUGGGGGGUAUAACGCGAAGUGGGCAAUGUUAUUCCCCUGAGAUAGCGGAAAGAGUUGGAAAAGGGAAACCUGCACAGGGAGAGAGAGGCCUGAAGAAAGCAUAUACCUUUUUCAAGGACCAAGUUGUCGAAUCUGUAGUUGCUCCGAACAAUUAG